AAGGCCAUUACCCAGCCCAGCUUCCUGUUCAUUGCCUGCAUGACGCAUCAAAUAUUGAGUUUGCUUGAUCCUCCCAACACUGCACUCCAAGCCAAAUCCACAGACCUCUACACUGGUGUCAGACUGGUCCAAAGUGCCUUGGCGUGUGUUGAGAAGCUGAGAUGUGAUACUCAGUUUGACACAUUUUGGGAGAAAUUCUCUCAAGACAGACAGACCUCAGAACCUCCUGCAGCAGCACCCCCACAGAAACGACCAAGAAAUUUGAGCCACUUGAGUGACUAUGUGGUGGACACCACAGUUGGUCACCGUCAAAAGGAAGCGGAAGAGAGGACUGGGUGUAAAAGACUGUAUUUCAGUACAUUGGAUGCUGUAGUGGGAGAGAUUAAAGCAAGAUUCAGCAUAAGAAACAGCCAACUGGUGCAGGCCCUCUGCACCUUACACCCAGGGAGUGAAGAUUUCCUGAACACAAACAAAGUGAGACCACUGCUUGACCUAACAGGCACAGAGAUGAAGGAAGCUGAGUUUGCUGUAGCACAGCAGUUUCUGCAGGACGAAAUGGCCAAAUCAAAUGAAAACUGGACUACACAGGACAUUUUGAUACGAUACUGUGAGCCUCUAGCAGCCAUGCCUACUGUGCUAAAAACACUCAAGCUGAGCCUUACCUUCGGUGCAUCAACUGCAACAUGUGAAAAUUCAUUUUCAACUCUCAAAAAUGUGUUCAGUGAACACAGAAGGAGCAUGCUCCACAAAAGAAAAGCCUGUCUCAUCCAGAUUGCUGUGGAGAAGGACCUCACCAAGAAGUUAACUGGAGAGUGGAAAGAGACGCUGCUAAGAAGAUUCAGCACAGCUUCAAGGAGGCUGCAGCUCUUCUGAGGGAUCCUGUGCCCCCUGGUGGAUCAAGUGUGCCCCUGUCUUGGAACCUGGGACAGUUUGAGAAAAUGGCUGCUGACAGCCUGAUGUCUACAUACUGGUAGUUGUUACAAUUUGAAUGACAUUGUAAAAUUAUUUGUUCAUAUAUGUCAACAACAGCUUCUUUUAUUAAUGUAUUAAAUGUAUUAUGUUCAUAAGAACCCAUAUUUCUUUUUAUUGUAUUUAUUUACUGUUAUGUUAACUUUAAGAAUUAUACUGAUUACUUUUUGGACAAAGUUCAAAAUCUGAAAGUGUUCUUUCCUUGUUCAGCUAAAAUCUGUUUUAUUUUUAAGUGGCAAUGUAAAAUUAUUUGUUAUGUCAAAUAUCCUGCCCCAAUUUAUAAAAAAUAAACGUUAUUUUUGAAUUGCAGUCACAUGUUUUUUUUUUUGUGUAGAAUUCUGUUCUUUUUUACAACUCACACAUCACACAUAUCAAAAACCUAUCUCAUAUUCAAAGCUAUCUAAGAUAUCAAUAAGCAAAUGUUGCAGCUGAAAUGUUCUCCACAUCACAAGACAUGAUAUGAUACCAUCUUUUAAGCACAGUAAUUGUUUGUUGUCUCAACAUGUCAGUAGAACUACACAGAAGUGCUUGUCUAUGGUAGAAAGGCCUGUGUGUAAAAAAGCGAAGUCUGAACUGAAGCUGGGUAGCUGGUUUGUAUAGUACUGGUGCACCCCCUGUAAUC